AAAACAACCAAAUCAACAUGAAGUUCCUCAUCUGCUUGGCUCUCUGCAUCGCCGCCGCCCAGGCUGGCCUCAUCGCAUCCCCGGUGGCCACUUAUGCCGCAGCUCCUGCUUAUGCAGCCACCUAUUCCGCUGCUGCUCCCUUGGCCUACUCCGCUCCAGUGGCCACCUAUGCCGCUGGCUACUCCACUUACACUGCUCCUAGAUUCUCCACCUACGCUGCUGCCGUUUCUGCCUACACCGCCUACAGUGCUCCAGCUUAUACCGCUCCGGUGGCCACUUAUGCCGCUGGUCCCGCCUUCGCCGCCCCCAUCACCACCUACUCCGCUCCGGCAGUCGUCAGCUCUUUCUUGAAGAAAAAGUAA